AUGAAAAAUAAAGAAGCCGCAGCCAGCCUCAAGUGGCGUUCCCGUGGCUCAUGCGUGGUAGUAGCAGCAGCAACAGAAGCGGCAGUUCUGCAGCAGCAUCGGCAGCGGCAUGGGGAGGGAGCUGCAGCAGACGCCACAGCAACAACAGCAGAGGCUGACGCAGCAGCUGCAGCAGAGCCUACAGCCGCAGUUGCAGAAGUGGAUGUAGGAGCUGCUGCAGCAGGAGGGGCAACGGCAGCAGCAGCACCUGCAGCAACGCAGCAAGCCGUAGCCGCUGCUGCUGCAGCAAAGAGCAGCACCUCCGACAGCAAAAUAUUCCUCGAAUUUCCCUGCGGCGCCUCAGCAGGAAAUAUGAGAGCAGCUGAGGCAGCAGGCACGGGCCCUCCCGCUCCAGCUGCCUCAGCUGCAUCCCGCCGCAGUCCCUCCCCGUCUGCAGCAGCAGCAGCAGCAGGAGAAGCGGCAGCAGCUGCAACUGCAGCAGCAAACAGAAAAGAAAAAGUGGCAGAAGCAGCAGCAGAUGCGGCGGCUUCAGCGUCGACUGUAAAGCGGGCGGCGUUGGCCGCCCUCAGAACAGCAGAUUUGUCACCGGCCAAGCGCCUGCACAGGGAGACUCUGCAGCAGCAGCAGCAGCAACAGCAGCAGCAGCAACAGCAGCAGCAGCAACAGCAGCAGCAGCAGCCCUCAAGCCCAUUGAUGCGAGCUGCUGCCACUCCCCUCAGGACCGGUAGGAAGGGACAAGAAGCCGCAGCCUCCAGUGCCUCUCUACCUGCAGCGUCCGGAGCAGCAGCAACAGACUCAGCAGUGGCAGCAGCCGCUGCUGCUGCAGCGGCAGAGGCAGCAGAGGCUGUCUCCCCCAUAGGCUCGCCUGCCCCUCCCCGUCGCGUCCAGCAGCAGCAGCGCGCGGGGGAUUUGCUGCAGCAGGCUUCGACGCCCAUCUCAUCCAGCAGGCCCAGACCCCCAAGCAGCAGCAGCAGCAGCAGCAGCAGCAGCAGGAAAGAGCCCAGCCUUGCUGCCGUUCCACUGCCAUUUAGAAAAGGUUUCAAUAGGGUAGCUGAGGCGGGGGGCCCCCUGCGGCUGCCGCAGCUGGGAGCCCUUUUUGGGUUUUUGGGGGACUUGAGGGCCCCCCUGCCGCUGCUGCAGGUGGUGGGUGCUGCUGGCAGCGGCAAGAGCUUCUUGCUGCAGCUGCUGCUGGCAGAGUGCAGCGUGGCUCACGGCUAUGUCGAUGCUGCUGCUGCUGCUGCUGUCGACGGCUCAGCUGGCCGCAAUUUGCUGUACCUACGCCUGCUGCGCAGUCUUUCUGCUUCUCUCAAGCACGAGGCAGAGGCCUGCUGCGAGCCUUUAUUUAAGCAUCAGCAGCAGCAGCAGCAGAGCCAGGAAGCAGCGGAGGGCCUGAAAGAUGAAAGCUUUCAGAAGCUGCAGGGGCAGCUAACGGUGCUGCAGCAGCAGCACAAGCUGCUGCUGCAGGAGUGCAGCAAAGCUUCCAAAACGAGAGUGACCGCACCUGACGCCUUCAUAGAGAUGUUGGGUCAGCUGCUGACUGCUUCAGGUGGAGCCCUUGGAGCAGCAGCAGCAGCAGCAGCAGCCGCAGCAACGGCAGGAUGGGAAGGCGCUGCUGCAGUGCAGCAGGAAGCGACGGACCGUGCAGCAAGAAGCGCCGUGCUGCUUGUGGACGGGACGGAGUCGCUGCGGCAGCUGCUGCCUGAGCUGCUGCAGGCGCUGCUGCGUCUUCCCGAGCUGAUGUACGGCUGCGACUUAGCAGCAGUAACGGCCUCCGCCAGCAGCAGCAGCAGCAGCAGCAGCCGCGGGGUGUGCGUGGUCCUGAUCGGGCGGCGGCCCCUGGCAGCAGAGGCCCUUGACGGGCUGCCGCCUCCCCCCUUAGUUCGCUUCGAAGCUUAUGGCCGAGACGCAGCAGCUUUUGUGCUGCAGCGCAGCUUCUUCUCGCUGGGGCUGCCGCUGCUGCAGCUGCUGCACCUGCUGCAGCAUUUCCGCACUUUACUCUUCCCCUGCGCUGUGCCUGCCUCGCCUGCCGCCCCUGCUGUGUGCGCCGCGUGCUCCGCGUGCAACGGCUACGUGGACGACUACCAUGGUUACGACUUCGAACGCGGCAGCGCAGACCCCAUGGACGAGCACGGCCACGGCACCCACGUGGCUGGCAUCGUGGCAGCUUCGGCGAACAACGGCAUUGGCAUUGCAGGCGCGAACUGGCGAGUGAAGCUGAUGCCUCUGAAGUUUGAAAAGCGCAGCAGCGCCGCGGUGGAGGCCAUUGCCUAUUCGCUGCAAAUGGGGGCGAAGAUCAGCACCAACUCCUGGGGCUUUUCUUUCAGAUCCGAAGCCCUCAGAUUGGCUCUCGAGCAGGCCGAGGCCAAGGGCCAGCUCUUCGUUGCUGCAGUCGACAACGCGGGCGCAGACAACACCACGGCUAAGGAUUUUCCGCCUAACUGGGGCUACGACUGGCGCACUGGCCGCGGCUUUAAAAACAUGCUGAGGGUUGCCAAUCUCGCGCCCACGGGCAAACUCUCUACUUCCUCCAAUUACGGAAAGUACAACGUGGACCUGGCUGCCCCGGGCACUGACAUCAUAUCGACUUUGCCUGCGAGGCAAUUCGGCGAUAAGUACGGCUACAAGAGCGGCACUUCAAUGGCGACUCCUCUCGUUGCAGGCAUUGCGGCGCUGGUGUGGGCGGAGCGGCCCAGCCUGACGGCUGCAGAAGUGCGAGACGUGCUGCUGUCGACAGCAGCGCCGCUGCCGCCGCUGAAAGCUGCUGUGGCCAGCGGGGGCACUGUGAACGCACAUGCAGCUGUGGAGCUGGUGCAUGCAUUGAACCAGCGGGACAUGGGGCUGGAGGAGCCGCAGGCUGCUGCCUUUGCCCACUGGCAGCAGCAGCAGCAGCAGCAUCAGAUCCAGCUCCUUCACGCGUCCGCUCCCGCCCCGUCUGCCAACGCCGGCGACGCCGCCGCAGCAGCAGCCAUUGCUGACCAAACGCUACCCCCGAUACCGUCUCCCGCUACUGCUGCCGCUGCUGCUGCUGCUGGGCAAAUGACGACAGACGGGUACGGGUACGACGUAGCAGCAGCGGCAGCAGCAGCAGCGCCGGGCACCGGCUACGUCUACAACGUCGUGAUCCCCCCUGAGCCCGUUGGCGGCUCCGAGAGCGCACCCCUGCCGUCGUCACCCGAUACGAGCAGCAUCAGUAGCGGCAGCAACAGCAGCAGCAGCAACAGCAGCAGCAGCAACAGCAGCAACGAAAACAUCAAGGGAUCUACAAGCGCCGCCAGCUCCCCCAUUAGCUUCUUCUCGAGGCUACUGGACCCAUUCGCUCUCAUCGCCCGAUUUGUAAGAAUAGACACAGACCUGGCACGCAACAACUAG